AUGACACUCAGCGAAAUGGCCCUCACAACAGAUGGAAAGGAGUAUAUAAAACCUCUGCCGCACCUGUCAUUACAAACCUUCCCGACGCCAUCAGACUAUCCAGUAGCCUGGAUCUGUACGCUCACUGUCGAGUUUGAGGCUGCGACUGAGAUGCUUGACGAGAAACAUGGCAGUUUCAAAGGAGAUAGCGUAGAUCCAAAUGUAUACGCCCUGGGAAGGAUUGGUCAACACAACAUUGUCAUUGUUUGUCUUGCCAAAGGGUGGGUUAGUAUUGCUUCCGCUACUUCGACUGUCGCUCAUAUGCUACACACCUUCAGACACCUAAAGCUUGGAUUGCUUGUCGGAGUUGGUGGUGGUGCUCCCUCGACAGCUUCAGAUAUCCGACUUGGAGACGUAGUUGUUAGUUUCCCUGGGAACAGAUUCGGGGGCGUGGUAGCUUGGAAUCGUGGAAAAAUCCUCCCUGGGAAUGAAUUUCAACUUCUGGGGCCUAGUUAUGACCUGCCCCAAAAGUCACUCUCGAGGCUGCGCAACGGUUUUCGGGGUUAAGUGACGGUCACUCGGACUCUCAUUCCACUUUUAUUAAUUCUUUGAUAAACAAAUUACCCAACUUCAAGAGUCCUGGACGUGGAGAGGAUCUUUUGUAUGUUGCCGACUAUCCCCACAAGAUAGGCGAGGAAACAUGUCGGAAUUGCGAUGGGACCCGCUUGGUAAAGCGAGAGGAAUGGCCGGUGGACAAUGUUAAAGUAAAUUACGGUACCAUUGGCUCUGGCGACGUGGUGGUCAAAGAUGGAGUAGUAUGGGAUGAAAUUAGCAAAAGUUGUGAUGGUAUAUUGUGCUUUGAGAUGGAGGCAGCAGGAGUAAUGCAUAUCUUUCCAAGCUUGGUAAUAAGAGGGAUAUGCGACUAUUCGGAUUCACACAAAAACGACACAUGGCAGCACUAUGCUGCUGCAACAGCGGCAGCUUUUGCAAAAGACAUCCUUCAAAAUAUAUCAUCUGGCAUGUAG